GUAUAUAGAAAGAGAGACUAAGAAAAGUGGCAUUCAUGAUUAAAGCUGACGUGGAAGUUACAGUAGAUGACCAAGCUACAGUUAGUGUUGUCAGUGAACUGUUGGUCACCAUUAUGUUACAAAGGUAACUUAAGAGACGUGAACCACAUGCCUGUGAAACUAAGUGAACUCGACUCUAAUGAUAUUUUUACGGUGACACACUUGAUAAAAUACCAUUAAGAGUUAUUAUCUGGGAAAUGAUGGCUCUGGCACCUGGCUGAUACAGUGAAGCAGUACCGGGCGGUGGAACCAUGUGAGGACAGGUGCCAGUGUACGUGUGGAGGUGCCACCAUGGUGAACGUACGGUGCCUGGCCUGCCAGGUCAAGUACCGGGUGCUAGCCGCCAAGAACAACAACUUACUAGAGUGUCAAGCGCCCAUACACGCCCCCAAGUUCCCUUACCGGGCACCUAAGUUACGGAAACCCAGGUCCUACAAUAGGACAUACGUGCGAGAAAACAACGUCGCCCAGAAGGAGAAUGCUAGGCCGUUGUCUACGUCUGGUGGGAGUUCGCCCGUGUCUCCCCUCUCGCCGAGCACCACCCCACCCACCUUGGUCACCACCUCACCCACCGUCAGCCCGAGCCUACAGCAGAACGCCCACCCGACGGCACCCGGCUCCCCCUUGGGUGUGGCCCCCACCCCAGGCUCCCCCGUGCACUCUCCCAGAGCCAUCAACACACUUCGACGCCACACCAAAUCCACCAAGAACCUCCUUAUACCCAGAUUUUAUUACCCGAUGGGUCGUCCGACAAGCCAGAUGACACAGGAGCAGGCGUUGGGGCGGGUGAGCUCUGUUUUCCGGGAACAGGGAGGGCAGGUUAACCGUGACAAUAUGGAACCCCUUAUGCGGUCCUGCCAAUUACCCCUCUACUGGAAGGCCCCUCUCUUCAUCGCCGCCGGCGGGGAUAAGCUUGGCUACCUCACACAGGAACAAUUUACUGAUUACUGGAGCAGAGUGAUCUCGACUUGCCAUGACAUGGCUUCUCGUUUCGUGCGAGUGUUGAGUCGUGGUGUGCGAAACUACCUCAUGCCCGAGGACUUCCUCAGCAUGAUCCAGGACGUGGUGGACACACACCCUGGACUAACCUUCCUCAAGGAGGCCACUGAGUUUCACUCCAGAUAUGUCCACACUGUCAUUGCAAGAAUAUAUUAUUGUGUAAAUAGAUCUUGGUCGGGCAGAAUAACCUUACCAGAGCUUAGGAGAUCCAACUUAUUACAAGUAAUAAGCUAUUUAGAAGAGGAAGAAGAUAUCAACCAAAUCACAGAUUACUUCAGCUAUGAACACUUUUAUGUCAUUUAUUGCAAGUUCUGGGAAUUGGACACAGAUCAUGACCUCUUCAUUGACAAACAUGAUUUAGCAAAACACAAUGAACGAGCACUUUCGUGGCGUAUGAUUGAACGUAUAUUUAGCGGAGCGGUUACAAGAGGACGGCUACAGAAACAAGACCGUAUGGGCUAUCAAGAGUUUGUGUGGUUCCUCAUUUCAGAAGAGGACAAGCGACACCCAACAGCAAUUGAAUACUGGUUUAGAUGCAUGGACCUUGAUGGAGAUGGUUAUCUGUCUAUGUAUGAAUUAGAAUAUUUCUAUGAAGAGCAGCUGCAACGUAUGGAAGCCCUAGGAAUUGAAACUCUACCCUUCCAUGAUUGUUUGUGUCAGAUGUUGGAUAUGGUUCGGCCUGAGGAGGUUGACAAGAUCUCCCUUAGGGAUUUGAAAAAAUGUCGUAUGACGCCCAUAUUUUUUGAUACAUUCUUUAACUUGGAGAAAUACUUGGACCAUGAGCAGCGCGACCCAUUUGCCUCACACCGUGCAGAUGAUGAUGGCCCAGAGUUUCUGCAGGUAUCUGACUGGGAUCGUUAUGCUGCCGAGGAGUACGAGCUUUUAGUUGCUGAGGAGGGCGGAGCAGAUCAUCAGGAUGACAUGUUCUAUGGUGAUGAAGAUGAACUAUCAAUGGGUUGUGAAGAUGCCUUAGAUUCAACAAGUGGAGGGGUCAGAAACACCAUGGGAGGAGUAGGAAGUGGAGGAGCUCUCAAUAAGCACUCGCCACUAUCAGCUACUGUCACAAACCUUGCCGCUGAUCCCAUGGAUGUGGAUGAUGACUACCCUGAUUAUGCUGAUUCAGAUGAUUACCAAUAUUGAAGACUUUGUCAUUUACAUUGACUGAUUCUCAUCUGACAAAUAAGUGAUGAAGAUUCUCCCAAGGGAAUUCUAGUUGUAAAGUAUUGUAGCAAAAGUGGAUUUCAUAUAAAAACCAUAUCAGUAUGAUAACUGAAUUCAUAUUUGAAAAAAAUCCCAAUUUGUGGUGUGCAUAUAAUUAUUCUUUUGUUAUAGAACUUAAAUGAGAGUUUCCUGAUUUUGAUCUGAAUAUUAUAUUGGAAUAAGACAUCUAUAAAAGCAUAAAGGUGUGGUGGAUCUUGAUGCAAUUUCUGUGCCAUUCAGUUUAAAAUGGGAUAAUUAGUAUUAAUGAAAGUGGUUCCUUUACACAAGAACCUGUAAUAUGAUUUUUUUUGACAUUUGAUAUGAAGAGGAAUAUUAUUCCAAAUUUCUUUGCAGAUACAUACAAGUAACUUUUUCUUGAAAGUCGAUAUAUAUAUUCAUUAAUCAGUACAGUAUACUGUAUCUGUAUUUUAGAAACUUUGUUUUUUUAUCACAAAUGUGUUUAUGAUGCUUGUCUUUUCAAUUAAAUUUAUCAUAUGGAGAUGAUUUUAAGUUACUGUACUGUACUAAGUUACAAAGAAAUGGUGGUAAGAUAUAGUAUUCUUAUUUGAAACUGAACAACUAAUUAAUCACCAUGAAUACUUAUGUACUGUGUAUGUAAUUCAUUUUUGCACAUUUUCCUCCUGAGCACAGUUUGUAGCUUCUGUCAUUGAGAUCUGUUAAUUGAAUUCAUUCCAGGAAUUGCACAUUAAUGCCAUAGUUAUUUGAUAUCUUGUUAACCAGAAUAUCGUAUAGAAUAACCAGAACUUUAGUUGAAUGUUGAUGUUCAUGUUAUACAUGUAAGCAGAAAUGAAUAUAUACAUUUUUUAGGUAUUUUGUCAAACUGGUUACCAAAUAAUGUAGGUAUUGAUGUAGAUUAAUUUUCCUGAAGAUGCUAUAUUAUGAUACUCCUGAUGCUAUAUUAUGAUGCUCCUGAUGCUAUAUUAUGAUGCUCCUGAUCUGGUAACAUCAAAAGAGAAUUGUGUUUUGCAGCAUGAUCCUUCCCCACUUCCUCAUGUGCCAAGAAGCAUGCUCAGCCCAUCUUGCUUGUGGAUGCUAAACUCUUCUAUGCAAAAUUUUGAACAAGUGGAAUGGCAAAUACAUGUUUCUUUCAGUGUUAGUACAUGGAUGUCAGAAACCUUGAACCAAAGACAUACCCAAUAGUGAAUUUUAAGGGUCGCACCGGACUUCUAGUGACUGUGCAUGGAUAAAUAACAUUUACACUGCAGUUUGUUACUCAGUUUACAAGACACUUCUGCUGUAAACAUGGGUCUAACUUUGGAAUGUGAUUGACAUUGGCAUAUAAUGAACUGCUAUGUGCCUGGAUGUCAGUGCCACAACACAAAAAACAUAUUAUAUUGAUCCUAAAUACUGUACUGUAUUGCACCAUCCAUGGUGUGGUGCUUUAAAAAUCGGCUAACUUUAUAUGUACCUUCAAGUUUCCAGUGCUUGUGUAAUAUAUACAAAAAAAAUAAACAUUCUCUAAGAAUGUGGAUGUGGAAAUUCAGUGUAUAUAUUGACUUCCUAUAAUGAGGAAUAUCCUGUGCUUUAAUUGAACUGCCUUAUGGGAAAGAUUCCCAUAGAAAUGUGAUGAGGUGUCCCCACAGAUGUCAGUUACCUCAGAAAUUUUCGUCUUCCUUACCCGCAGAAAUCAAGUCCCUCCAUGAAGUGCCUCCCUGUGUCCCUGACAAUUACCAGGUGAACUCUGAUAGACUAAGGCUUCUAGUGUUAUUGGUAUACAUCAAGGAAAUAUGGCAAGGCUCACAUACACAGUCGAUUACUGGAUGAACUAGGUCAACUAAUUAAAUUUUAAGUACUGUACUGUAUCUCGGAAUCCCAUACUUUCCACAAUUGCCAAUUCUCAACUAAAUUUAAUGCAUAUAUUUUUCAGAUGCCCAAAUUCUACCACAGAUUAAUGAUUUUGAGAUAAUUUUGACUUAAUAUAUUUUCUAAGACAAGAAUAGAUGCAAGAAGAGUUGUAUUUGUCAGACUUUUGUACUGUUAGGUAUAUUUAUUAGUACAGUAAUUCAUUAGUAAUUGGAAUUGGAAUUUAGAGUUUGUUAAACAAGAAAAAAACCUGUGAUUUUUUUUCAUAGCUAGAAAAGGUACCAAUAUAUCUUAACAAAUUUCCAUACUGUAAUUGAGAGCUUCCAUGAGUCACAGAUGCCUGUGAAUGAUAAGAGAAAAUUUCAUUUUUCUUUAUGUUGGAAAUAAUUAAUGCACGGAAUUUAAAUCCAGGCUUGCACCUUAUGGACUAAUCUUGGGAAACUGAUAAGAAAAACAUGUCAAUAGGUUGGUAUUAAUUAGAAUAUUGAAAUUAAAAAUCAUUUUAAAUAAAAGACUGCUUCAUUGCUUGCAAAGGUAAAUUUGAGCACCGAAAAUGUGAAGAAUAUGCAUACUGUAAAGAUUUGGCAAACUUCAUAGUAGACAGAGGUCAUGCUCAUUUACUAUGGUCUUAUCAUAUUUUGAAGAAAAAAAAUCACUGUAAAUGUUAGCUUUUAAAUAUCUUGAAUUCACAAUAUUGGUUUUUCUUAUUAAAACAAUCCACCAUUAUGAAUUGGAAAGUAAUGUGAUAAAUGUGUUGACUGAGCAUCCUACCUUCUCCAGGUGGAGUGUACAGCUCUGGUAGUUGGAUUUUACCUUCAUGUAAAAAAAAAAAAUCAUAAAUAAAUAAUUAAAAAAUAAUUCCCUUUAGCUGCAAGUGCCAUUCUUUCUGCCCGGUGCAGAAGGAAAAAGAUGUCAGUCACUAUGCUGUUUUUUUACAGUUCUCUCUCUCUCUCUCUCUUUUAUGAAUGCUAGAACAAAUCAUGAGUAAGGUCAAUAUCUGGUUGAUUAUUAUUUUAACAAAAGUUUUUGGAUACAUAGUUUAAGAAUGGUACCAUCUGAUAACAUUUUUGGGUUUUGAUUUAAGAGACUAGAAGUCUACUGCUUGUAUGUCAUGUACCCAGAUGUAUAUUUCUUGCUGAAAUAUUCAUAUGGUACUUAAAUUAUCCACCCCAUAUCUUUGUAAACAUUUAUAUUAGCCAAAAAUCAUUAGAAUUUGCAUUUCUUUUAAAAGUUUUUAGUUGAUGCUCAAAAAUGCCAUUUUAUAUUAAAUUAGUGUCUUCAGUCAUUCUGUGUGCAAUUUUUAAUCAAUAUUAGCAGACUCUUUAGGUUUCAGUUUUGUUCUUUUUUAUCUUCAUUAUUUCCCACAUGUGUAAGGUUUAUUGCCAUAGCAUUACUUAAUAAAGAACACAGUGUUUACUUCUUGGUUAUUACUACAAAAAUUUGAGUAUGAUUGUGUUCUACUGUUAAGUAUGAAGGGGAAAGUCAUGGAGCUUGAGCUUGUUUAAAUCUGAUGUAUGAUUUACAAUGAUGAGAAACCAAGCAGUAAUCUCAUGUCAUAACAUAUGGGAAGAAACUUUGCUGUAGGGAAUAAGCAACCCAUAGCAAGCCUUACUAUAUCAGAUUAUGGAUGAUGGGUAGCUAGUUCAAGUUCCCACUUCAUCAUAAUCAGCAUAUCCCAUACCCUGAACCUUUAUAAGUAGACUACCAAGUUGUGAUGAAUAUGUCCAUAAUAAUACGAGGUUUACAUGUGCGUAGAAAGUAUAUUGGCUGCAAACAGCAAUGUGAAGAAAAGAAAAAUCUUACUUAGUUUUCCUAAAGAAAUGCUGAUGAACACUCUUGUCAGUCGCGCUCCACACUAGUCAGGACGUCAAGUUUGCACUUCCUUGAUUCAUCGCAUUUUUAUUUUUCAGCCACUCCCAAGUGUCACAUGUCACCAGCGACUGUGUUGCUAAGUCGCAAAGUUAUAUUGACCCCAGUGUUUUGUGAAGUGAGAAAAUGUAAAUGGUGUUGGUAUCACCUUGUUCGUAUGUUUAUUGUAUUUGUAAUAUGUUGUAUAAAGGAGUUAACAUUCA